GGAGGGUACUGCGGGGCCUCAGUAAGUCAUCUGGUUCAGGCCCCUGCACUAAGAUAGGACUAAGUAUUAUGUGGACCAUCCCUGACAUGUGUUUGUCUCACCUGUUCUUGAAAUCUAACCUCCCUAGAUACAGCUACGAAGGGGAAGCUUCAUUUCCGAGCAGGUCCUGCUGAAUUAUCUUUUGGAGAACUGAGCAGGUAUAAGUGACAAACUUCACCCAGCCCAAUUGUAAUGCCAAAAUAAAACCCUUAACAGGGAACCAGAGGGCCUCUAAAAUGAAAUUAAGCAGCAGAUGAUAUUGCAUUAAAUGAACGACAACUAGAAAAAGAGAAUCUGCUUACGUACGACCAGGAUCAGUUUGCAAGUUAGCUGCUCUGACACCUGAGAGUCUCAUAAACGUGAGAAAUGUCUUCUGAUGAUCACUGGUCUGCAGAGGAAGAGGACGGUCAAGUAUCUAAACUGACACGGAAAGCCAGAGACUCUCCAUUUGUUCCUGUAGGGAUGGCAGGCUUUGUUGCUGUCGUGGGCUAUGGUCUCUACAAGCUAAAACACAGAGGAGAUCAGAAAAUGUCAGUCCAUCUCAUUCACAUGAGAGUUGCAGCACAAGGCUUUGUCGUAGGAGCAAUAACAAUAGGUGUUCUCUUCUCUAUGUAUAAGGAUUACGUUAAACCUCAGUUCAAGAAUGGGGCCAAAAAGUGAACCAACUCCAUAGGACCAAGCAGGAGAGGAAAGCAUAUGUUCAGAAUUAUUUAUUUAGAAUUUCUAUAUGUAAACAUUGUAAGAAUUUUAAGUAAUCACCACCAGGACUUCUGUUAGCUCUGCCAUUGAAUGGCUGCUCUAUGCUAAAGCCAACUGUUGGGAUCAAUACCUAAACUCACAAUAUCCAUGUCUAUGAUGCUAGAGGCAAUAGACUCAGCGUGACUGACAGCACAGUCAGUACCAAUGUUUCAGCAUUUCCUGCCAGCUAGAGUACUGUGCAAGGAGGAGAACUGUUAUCUAGGGCAGAGGCAGCCAUCGACCUACAUCAAGCUCAGAAUGUUGCAGUACUCCUCCCAUGCAGCCUAGUUAGGAAAGAGGGCUACAGUAUGGUAAGAGAGCAUUACAAGAUUGUUCUUUGGGGUUGGCAGUAGACAGUUAACAGAAGACCUGAAUAGUCGAAUGUCUUGUACCACUGCUGGUUGUCUAAAUAUUUCGUACAAAUAUAUUUAGUAGGCUGCUGUUUGUUUAUGCUGUUUUAUUUAUUAAAUCUUUAUAUAUAGUGUAACCCACUUGGUUACAAUACACUACUCAUGUUUCAACUUGCUGAAGCCAAUGGUUUGUUACAAUAAGUAGAUUUUGAACAGGUGCUCACCAUGAAAUACUGGGUCACUGCUCUUUGGCCUGCUGCAUAUCUCAUGUCAUUGCUGUUGAGACCUUCACCUGCCGGACUCGGUUUAACAAAGAUUCUCUCUAAACCACAGCAGUGAUUAACGUGAUACAAGUAAUGAGAUUACAACAAGAGCCUCUUCCUUCCAACUAAAGCAAGUGUUUGCAAACAAAAGCUCUGGCAGCUAUUUAAAAACUCCCCAGAGAUAACACAUUAGAGGGACUCCUGGUUCAGUUACUGUACAGGCUGAGACUUGCCUGACAUGGAAAGAUGGCAACAAAUUACAGCUAGCACCAACUGGGGUAGAGACCAAGGCUAGAGCCAGCCUGCCUAUAGAGGGAAUCAGCUGAGGAGGUACUAUUCCUCAGCCUUAAACCAAGAUCCUUAGUGUCCCUUGUAUGUAGCUACAGCAGCAAGCAGAAGCCCAGUAUCUAAAUGACACUAGGCCAGCUUGCUAGAUGCCUAAUCCACACUGGCCAAGGUAACAUUGUAAUGGGAUUUACUAAAAACAAAGGCAAGUACCACCUGCAAUAGACUUAGGCUAUGUUUACACUACAGGCCUUACAGCGGCAUUGCUGUACAAGUGGUAAGGUCUCCUGUGUAGCUGUGCUUUGCCAGCAGGAGAGCGCUCUUCUGCUGGCAUAAUUAAACCACCCACAAUGAGCAGCAUUAGCUAUGUUGGCAGGAGAGGCUCUCCUGCUGACAUAGUGCUGUCCACACCAGCACUUUUGCCAGUGAAACUGAUGUUGGUCAGGGGUGUGUGGUUUUUCUUCUACACACUCCUGACCAACAAAAGUUUUACUGACAAAAGUGGUAGUGUAGACAAAACUUUAGUGUGAGAGAGAGUAUCCGAAUAAGACUCAUUUUGCAAAAACAUUUACAGCAUGUGUUUCCACAUUAACUGGUGGAAACUUGGACACCAUUGCCCAUGCUACACUUCAAUCCAAACUUUAGGGUCUCUCUACAGUUUGGAGCCAGAGAAUAUCCUCUGGUGUAUUGCAUUCAGUACUCACACCGGGGGCGUUUUACUUCCCUCACAUGUAAUAGCCACAAGUUUUUGCAGUUGUUCAUACUGUACAGUCUGUUCUUGUACAGAAAAUAGCCAGUGAAAGUUAACAACUUUCUGGGAAAUCUGAUCUGAAGAAUAUCAGCAUUAUUUCUUAAGCAAAUGAAGCCUGAACAGAAAAAGCUAAAGUGAAUUUGACACAUUUAUUUGACAGUCUGGACUUCCAUCAUGUUCAUCUCUGGUCAGUGGCCCAGUUCUGGCAAACCCAGACUUUGACAAGCCCUUUAUGGUGUUCACCGACACCUCAGACAGGGGUCUGGGGGCAGUGUUAAUGCAGGAGGAUGAAAAGGGGGGGGAGCCACCCCAUCAUGUACCUGAGCAACUUCUUGCUCAAGUCAAAGUGUAAUCAAUAUAUUUAAUAAAUUAGUGCCAAAUACCCGUGAAGCAUUUCUGUCCCUGUGUAAGAGAUUUAAUUAAAAAACAGAAAUAAGAUGCCUCAGAACUGAGCCCACAUAGACAUAUAUAAAAAUAUAAUUCAGGGCAUCUUCCAUGAGAAGGCAGUUCCUGCCUCAGGGUUCUUAGCACAACUGCAAAAGAUUUAUCCUUUUAAAAACAAAACAAAAACAAAACACUUUCCCACCCAGAAUAUCAUGGCCUCAAGCUCUGAGCUUGGAACCAUCCAAUUCUCAGAAAUUAUCCUAAUCAUUCAAGACUUCUUGAAAUGGCAGGAAAAUGCAAAGCUCGUGUUCAAUGCCAUUUGUGUAAAGCUAGUCCCAGGAAAAGUUACCCCCAUUCUGUGGUUUUUGGAUUUAUUCAGUUGCAUUUAUGGCUGGAAGAACUACAUAAAGAAUUUCUUCACGGUCCCUCUUCAGGACUUAAUAGUUAACAGGCACUUUCCAUGGUGAGCACUUUUAAAAGAGCAGUGUCCACUCCUAUAACUGUAUAGACAGGUACUUAAACCAAGGAUUCUAUAGAUCCCCACCUCUGAUGUCAGGAGUAAAACCUAAACUUGCAGUGCCUCUGCAAACUGUUUGUAUUUUGAAAUUGAGAAUUAAGCAAUUCAACACACUGUCGGUCAAAUAAAAGCUGGGAUGCGAUGACAAAGAAAACAAAGUUAGACUGAAUGCACAAACAUACAACUCUUUUUAUCCUCCCAUUUCAGUUACACUGUAGUUACCAUCUCCUAAGCAGCAGUCAGCAAUGUAGUUGUGGGGGGGCAAGGCAAGCACUUGAAAUAAAAUCCUAGAGCAGCUCAGUAUUGAAGAACUGGCCAGAUGCUUAGAAGAGGUGGGCAGGGAAGUGAGGAUUGCCACGCUCUUGGUAGGAGACCUCUUGAGAUAGCCACAGUGGAGGCUAGAGAGGUUUGAGAUGAUAGGACUCAUUGCUAUAGUAACCGAGCACCUAAGUACCUGGACAGAUAGGAAGGGUGUUUUUAGAGAGAAGGAAGCAGAAAUGGAAGAGAAUGCCCAGAACAUACUCUUUUCAGAGUAACAGCCGUGUUAGUCUG